AUGGCAGCACCUCCUUAUCCACCCUCCGACCCGACGCCCUUCAAAGACGUCCUGAGCGUGUUCGCCACCGCGCUCGACAAGGUCGACACGCACAUGACCGCGCGGCUCAACCGCAUGGAGAUCGCGAUGGGCAACAUGGCAAAAGUCGCGACCGAGGCGCUCCAGGUCGCCACCAGCGCGCGGCAGGAGACGAAGGACGGGCUCGAGCGGCUGCACACGGGCGUCGUGAACGCGGCGAAGUGCUCGCUCGCGAGCUCGGAGAAGAUCGAGAUGAUCCUGGGCGACGUGAGCGGCGAUCCGGACGCCGAUCCCGAGCAUGAGCGCGCGACGGUGCUCGGGCGCAUACGCCAGCUCGAGCGCGCGGUCGUCGAGCUGUCCGAGAGCGUCCGACCAUUGUGA